AACACGUGACCGGAAGUAUAGCUCCUCCACCAAGAUGUCCGCCUCCGAUGAAGACACGUUUGCGGAGCACGACGACGGCAUGGAAGAGCAAGAAGAAGAUGACGACGAGGGAGUCGAAAUGGAAGCCGAGGAAGGCGCAGACGAAGACGGGGACAAGGAGGUGUACGUGCCCGGGAUGGAGCCGCUUAAGCCGGGGGAACAGCUGGAGAUGGACCACUCCGCCUACCGCAUGUAUCACGAGUGUCAAACAGGUGCGCCAUGUUUGAGCUUCGACGUCCUGACGGACAACAAUGGCGACGACAGGAAUGACUUUCCUCUCUCUAUGCUGUUAUGCGCGGGCACACAGGCGGACAGGGCGAUGGCUAACAGGCUGCUCCUCAUGCGCAUGCACAACCUUCACGGAACACGGACAGGAAAGGAGGAAGAGGAGGACAGCAGCGAUGAAGACAGUGAAGAGGAGGAGGAAGAGAAGGAAGAGGAUGAGGAUAGGAAGCCGCAGAUGGAGCUGGCCAUGAUGCCUCAUUUCGGAGCCGUUAACAGAGUCCGAGUGACGCGAUGCGAGGAUCGCACGCUGGCCGCCGUCUGGUCGGAGAAGGGACAGGUGGAGAUAUUCGACCUGCGACCCCAGCUGGAGGCCGUGCACAGUUCCACCGCCAUGGCGGCUUUCGUGCGGCAGCAGAAGGAAGCGACCGCGCUCUUCAGCUUCUCGGGUCACAUGACUGAAGGCUACGCCAUUGAUUGGUCGCCUGUGGUACCUGGUCGUCUUGUCAGCGGCGACUGCAAGAAGAACAUCCACGUGUGGGAGCCUCAGGAGGGCGGAGCUUCGUGGCGCAUAGACCAGCGGCCUUUCAGCUCUCACGGCAAAUCCGUGGAGGACCUGCAGUGGUCGCCCACUGAAGCGACGGUUUUUGCAUCGUGCUCGGUCGAUCAGUCCAUCCGUGUUUGGGACAUCCGGGCCCCGCCCGCCUCCAUGCUGUCGGCCGACCAAGCGCACGCGUCGGACAUCAACGUCAUCAGCUGGAACAGAACCGAACCGUUCCUCCUGUCUGGUGGGGAUGACGGCCUCCUCAAAGUGUGGGACCUGCGACAGUUUAAGACGGGUCGUCCUGUGGCCAACUUCAAACAGCACAGCGCCCCCAUCACCUCGGUGGAGUGGAACCCGGCGGACUCGAGCGUGUUCGCCGCGUCGGGGGCGGACGACGUGGUCAGCCAGUGGGAUCUUUCCGUGGAGUCGUGCGACGCGGGCGCCAGGGCGGAGGCCGUGAAGGACCUGCCCCCGCAGCUGCUCUUCCUCCACCAGGGCCAGUCGGAAAUCAAGGAGAUCCACUGGCACCCGCAAAUUCCCGGCGUCUUGAUCUCCACGGCGCUGUCGGGAUUCAACGUGUUCAGGACGAUAUCCGUGUAGCCCAACUCGCCUCGGAGUACCGUAACUGUUUUUGACCUUUUCUGACUAAUGAAAACAAAACUUGGAUUAUCCCAAACAGCUUUUUUUUUUAUUGACUGUAAACCACAGGACAGUAACUGCAUUCAACCCAGCAAGUUCAACAUUGAUAUUUCAUUGUCUCAGCAUUUGUAGUACUUUUCCCAGCCAAAAAAAAAAACUUUGGUAGUGUAUGAAAAACAUGCAAAACAAUAAAAAACAAUAAUAAUAAUAAUAAUACAAAGUGGAUCCGAUCCAGAGAAGCUCACAUUGUCAAGACAUGGAAUGAGACAGGAUGGAGAUGUAAACAUGCAAUACGAGAAGGUCCAAAAUAUUCCAAUAAUAAUCAUUCAUGUACAUAAGGCACUUAAAAUAGUGGAAUGAUGCAGUUAGGAAUGAAUGAGAAAAAAACGACAGUGGAACCUGUUUAUGCACACACACACACACCCCGGGACGACACAAUUGGUCGUCGACAGCAUCGGAACCGAAACUGAGCAGAAUGGGUUCACGAUUAAUGGCGUUUUUUAUUUUUCCAUUGUAAUUAUUUUCAUAUAUUUUAUACCAGAGGUGUUCAAAGUGCGGCCUGGGGGCACAUAAGUAGAAAUACAACCCAGCAAAAAUGGAACAACAGGGCUGUCAACAUAAGCGGGUUCCACUGUAAAAGGUACAGCGCCAGGGGUGUCACCAGACACUCGAGAUUUUUGAACAUUACUUAAAAAAAAAUAUAUAUGACUGCAUAUAUUAAUAUAUUGCAAUCUAUUUGUUUCAGACUGUAUGACUAUACAAAAGGGCUCACUCCCACCUUGCCGUUGUUCUAUGGAACCAACACUACAAUACAUUGACUUUUAAACAUUCA